AUGGCACAAAGUGCUUGUUUAUUAUCUCGAAUAGUGGCCUCUUCUAUAACUGCUACAGUAAGAGCAGGUAAAAUUAUAAGAGAUGUUAUGGCUCAUGGAAAUCUAAAUAUAAUAGAGAAAGGCAAGAAUGAUUUACAAACUGAAGCUGAUCGUUGUGCUCAAAGGUGUAUUAUUGCUUCAUUAAGCCAACAAUUUCCAAACGUUACCAUUAUUGGUGAAGAAGGAUCAUCAAACUGUGAAGUACCAUCUGAUUGGAUUGUGACAGAUGCAGAUCAAGAAGUGUUACAAUUAAAGUUACCAACUCACCUGAAAGAUAUUGAUCCUAAAGAUGUGUGCAUUUGGGUAGACCCAUUAGACGGAACAUCAGAGUAUGCAAAAGGUCUUGUAGAACAUGUUACAGUAUUGGUAGGAGUGGCAAUUGGACAUAGAGCAAUUGGAGGUGUAAUUCAUCAGCCAUAUUACAAAAAUAUAGAGAAUGAAACACUGGGACGUACUCUUUGGGGUAUUAAUGGCGUAGGGUUUGGUGGAUUUACACCAACUCCUCCAUUAGAUGAAAAAAGAAUAAUUACAACUACAUGGUAAUACUUUUAUUGGAAGGGAAAGCUCAUGCUUAUGUAUUUGCCAGCAAAGGUUGCAAAAGAUGGGAUACUUGUGCUCCUGAGGCUGUUCUUUGCGCAGUUGGUGGCACAUUAACUGAUUUUUAUGGAGAGCAGUAUUCUUAUAAUGCAGAAACAACAUAUCCGAAUGAAAAAGGUGUAUUAGCUACUGCUCCUGGUCAAAUUCAUCAAUGGUAUUUAAGUCACAUACCAUACGAAGUAAAGCAAAAAUUAGACGAAUAA